AUGAAGCCGGUGGGAGCUGUGCGUGUUGUUCCUGUUGGGCAAGUUUACAAACAGAUCUUCGAGGCUGAGGCUCAGUUGGCAAACUCUUUGGAGGAAGUAAGGAACAAAGCUAAGUAUUCCAUAAGGAACGAAAAACUCACUUUGGAUAAAAAUUCAGCAACUUCCACUGCUGCCAGGCUACUACCAGGUUACCAGCAGAAUUGUCAUGAUGGGACACCCUGCUACAAGCCCACAGAAAAGUCACUGUUGUGCAGAGAAGUCACAGCAGUUCAGAAGGUUUGGGGAAGUCCAGAUGUAACUGCAGCUGAGGAAGUCAGAGGCCUGCCUGAUGUUGUUGUUCCUGAGGAGCCAAGGAGUGGUGUCCUGGGAGCCCUGGCAGAGCACCGUCGGCACCGCCACGACCAUGCCCUGGCCUCGAUGUACCAAGAGCUUGGCUGCAUUGCCAGGGAGAUGGAAGCCUGUGUUUUGGAGCAGCAGAAAUCCCUCCUGGCCAAGCUGAUGGAAUCUGAUAGGAAAGUGGAACUUCUGCUCCGAAGGAUUGAGGCUGACACUGCUCUGGGAAGCUUCUCCUUUAAAGAGCUGGAAGAGCUAUGGAAUAGCAUCCAUCAGGAAUCCCUGAGCAGAAAGAAGUGGAUUAGGGAAAUGGAUGAGUCCCUCAAAAAGGUUGAAUGGAGUCGAGCUGAUAAAAUCACUGAGGUGCUGAGGAGCUACACUGUGAAACUGGAGGAGAUUUCCUACUUCUUGUCAGCUGAUGUUCACAGGUUGAUCAAUCAGGAGGCCAUGUUGAUUAACAGAGCACUGCUGGCUAACCAGAGGGCAAUUGCUCAGCUGGUCUUUACCCUACUGAAAUCAGAGCUGAAGUGGAAAUUAUCCCAUCAGCUGAAGUGGCAGGAUAGAGUCAAGGCCUGGAAGCUGAUCCAAAAGAACUCCAUAGCUCACAGUUUCAGAAAAUUUAUGGCAAAUGAAGACAUUCAGAAUCCCCCAAGUGUGAAAAGAGAAAUUGAAAAUAUGCUAAUGGAUCAGAUUUUACUUCAUGAAAGGAGACUGGAACUUCUGCAAAGCCUUUGCGAUUUGUUGCCUCCAACACACACCAAAGCUGAGUUAGAUGAGUGGUACAGAUCUCUGGUGAAUUUAAAUGAAAGAAUUGAUGCCCACAACAUGCAGUGUCUGAAGAAAAUACACAUCCACUAUCAGAUGGUCCAGCAGAAGUGCCUGGCAGAAGUGGAGCUGUGCAAGGACAACCUGCUGAAGGAGAACGUUUGCACAAGCCAAGAGGCUGAAGAAUUUGUGAAUUCUGAGUUACUUCAGCUGACUGAGAAACUGCAGAGGCAGUUUGGAGAGGAACUGCAGCGUCUGGAUAGAGACUUCCAGGAGCUGGCUGAAGAGAACAAGCAGAAUUGCAAAGAGUUGUACAACUGCUCUGAAGAGGUCCAGGAUCUCUGGCAUGUCCAUCAGCUCCACCUGUGCCAGCAGGAAAACGAACUUCAGAAGAAAUUGGGAGCAUGCAGGUUGAGACAGGAUAGGUUGCUACAGAUGAAGGAAAUCAAUCUGGAUGUCAUUGUGGAUCAGAUGAGGACAGCAAGCUCUGAAGAGAAGCUGAAUCAAUAUCUGGAGCAGGCCCUUUCCUCUCUAGAUGACCUUCGAGCUAGGUAUGAGACAUUCAAGCAAAUUCUCAUGGAUGAAUUCAUGACUUACCCAGAAGCUGUUUUGCAGGAACUGGUUUCUUACAGCACAUCCCUCAGCCAAUAUUUUCAUGUCAAGGAAAUCUUCAAACAGGACUUGCAAGGAGAGACAGGCUCCACGUUUCCAGAACUACUUAAGGCUUCAGAAGCUGAACAUCUGGAGGAGCAGCAAGCUGAGAGCAUCACACAAGAAGGUGGAGAGGAAAAGAUGGAUGGUUGGCAAGGAGAAAAUGAAGAGACAAACACAGCUGGGAAUGAGGAGACCUUUACACAGAAAACUGAAGGAACACAGAAUGAAGCUGGGGAGAGUGAAGCAACUGAGCCUGCAGGACAGGGGGCUGUGGUCAGCAGCAGCAAGGCAGAAAGCUCUGAAAUUGAGACCUUUGCCACUUCCAGUGGCAACUCUUACACAGUUCUUCGAGCUGAAGAGGCAGGAAAGACUGACACCCCAGAGACUUAUUUUACCACAUAUGGGGAAGAAUCACUUCCUGAGCACCUGAAACAUGUCCUGAUCAAAGAAGCUGUGUUUGCAGAGCUGAAGAAAAGGAUUCGCCUCUCCUGUUUUGAACACUUGGAGCGAUGGUUUGCAGAGUCCCUGUCCAACUGCCAGGUCUUUGUAGCUGCCAAGAAAGAGGAGGUGAAUUCAGACCUCCAGCCACGUCUUCGUGCACAUCAGGAGAUGAAGGAGAAGAUAGAGACAGAGGUCUACAGUUUCAGAACUGAUGAGCUGUUGCUUCACAAGGAGCAUCUGGAGGGCCACUGUGCAAAGGUGCUGGAAGCUCUCAAAAAGGAGACAGAAGAGUUUCUCCUGUUCUGUGAGCAGCAGAAGAACUUCAGCAAACUCUUGGAGGCACGGAUGCAGGACAUAGAGUCUGUGUUCCGCAGUGCUCCCAUGAAUGAGAAGUUGGUUUCCUUCAAAGCCAGCGUGCACUCGGAGCUGCAGAUCCACCUGAAAGUCAUCCAUGUAUCCAUCAGGAGCUACCGGAGCUAUCUGGAGGAAGCUUUAGGAAACAUAAGGGAUUCAAAUGUGGAAUUUCUCAGAGCUUGCAGGUUAUUUUCAGAGGGAGGUACCUUUUCUCCUGAGGAGGUAAAGGAUUUCAGCAAGUGUCUCCAUGAGCAAAGUAAGCACAUUGACACUUUUGAAAGCUUAAUCAAGGCAGAAAUGGAGCAAAUGGAAUCGAGAUGCUUGGAGGAGGCUACUGAAAUCAUCAACCAGUCUGCCAGAAAGUUUCAUUACAUCUUCAUGCACCGAGAAUUUAUGGAGAAGAUCCAAAGGUACCUGAGGAAUCUGCGAGUGCAAAUCAAGUCAGAGGUGGCAAAUUCCAAUCUGCAGGCACUGACAUUGAAUUCUUACCUGGAGAAGCUCCACCAGAAGAUAGAUGCUUGUGCUCAUCCUGCUGCAGGUCAAGAAGCUUUGACCUCUGAAGAAUUGUAUGAAUUUAUCAAAGAAGUCUUGAAAGAACUGCAAAAGAGGAGCCAGUACCUUGACUGCUUGCUAGGAAAAACAACCACCCUGCAUAUUAGUGUAAGAAAGCAUCAAAGCUCUCUGAUUCCAUCUAAUAUUGAAAAAGGUUCAAUUGCUCCAGCAGAGCACCUGAGGGAUGAGAACAAAACGAUGCUGAUGGGGCUGGAUCCUGACAAAUAUCCUUUGUUAAUUCCGAGCAGGAGGGGCAAGUCUGCCCUUGACGAUUUAGCCAUAGGUGUUAUCCAGAAUUUACUGGAGAAACAGAAAGACUCCAAACCACUUCCCAGUGACACCAGAUUCCAGCUGUUUGGAGAGAAGCCUCCAGAAUCUGAUACUUUCAAGGGGAUUAUUAAGAACAUCCUCUGGAAGGGUAAUAAGAGCCUGUUCUGCCUGGCUGAGGAGUUCUACCAAGAGCAGAAGCCUCAAAUCUCAAUGCUUGAAGAUCUGCCAGAGACGUUUGAAGACUGUGCAGAAGUGUUUGAACAGAAUCUGCUGUCGUACCAAAAUCAAACAGAGGAGUACCACAGGUCCUGCCUGAGAGAAUUCCAGGAUCAGUUGAAGCUGUUUGAGCAGGAGCUCUCUCAUGUCUCCAGGCUGGCAGUUGAGAGUCUUUUCAAAGAGCAUCAGCAGAAGCUCAGCUGUUCCACUGCUCAGGUCCAGCAGCUUUUCAACAAACAGCUGGAAGAGUGGGAGAAGGCAAAGGCUGUGCACAAGAAUCAGUUGCAUCCCUCCCUGGGACACCCAGACAACUUACCUCAGCUGGAUGCUUUGUGCCAAGAGGAAAUGAGAAGGCAGAGGGACCAGGCUGAUGGGAUUUGUCUCCACACACAGAAGCUGCAGGACUCUGCUGCUGAGUGUGCACAGGAGUUUUUUUCUUCACUGGCUGCCUUCACUGAAAAGCUGCUUCUGGAAUUAGAUGAAACUGUCACUAUUGAUGAUGUGCAAGCAGCAAAAGGUGAAGUGCCAAGAGAGAAGACAUCCACUCUGCUCCGCCGCCAGCUGGCUGGGCUGCCUCUGGAGCUCUCUGAAGUGAAACAGUUCACUGAACGUGGGAGCAGGACUUGGCCAGGAAUCCCCAUGACUACUCUUACAGACCAUUCAGACCAAGUUCUCUGCAGAGAAACUCCAGCAGUUACCACAGCUAAGACUACACUGGGCCAUGCAGCAGCAGUAGAAGCAAGAGAUGCUGCCUAUGAGAAAUACAAAGGAGAACUGGAGCAGCAACUUGCCCAGAUGAAGGAGGAAAGCAGAGCUCAGCUGCUGAUGGCUCAGUGUUGGGAAGACUGGUGGGAAAGAUCCAUCCAGAAGAUCAAGCAGCUCUAUACAUGAGACCAGUCAAAUCCUGCUGAUGUCCUUCAGCUCCUAGCUGGUGUAAACUGAUGAAUUUGAACCUGUGUUAGUGAUGUUCCCCACUCAGCCCAACAGAAUUUCCCCUUCUGUUUUUCAUUCCUGUUGCACUGAACAAAUGGA